CGUACAGGUGUGUUGUAAGGCGCAGGUACACCUAAACAAAGUGCUGAUAUACAUAUACAACCUCACAGGCCUUUUAACCAUGAUGGGCUUCGUUAAUAGCCAUGUGACAUAGACAGUGGAUAGUUGUGAGUGAAAAACAUUUGGAUUAGAACUGAAAUGGAAAUAAUUCACUCCCACAGACUUUUAAUUGUUUAAACUGCAUUUAGAAUGUAGAUUUGGAAUUCGGGCAAAGAUGUAUAAAUAACCUGUUUGGAAUACCAGAAAUACAAAGCUGACUGUCGAUCGGUAAAUCACUUCAAAAUGCGAACCCGUAGUUCUACCCGGGAGGAGAGUUCCCUACCAUCUAUAUUCCGGUCUGGUCCCCUCAACUCGACCAGUACGGACGACUCGGAGUCGUCUACUGAGUCUAAACCAGACAAGGAGAUAGACUUCCCUCGAGACACCUCCACGAGCGAGUCUGUGUUUAAGUUGCCAACAAUAGACGGCUCGCGGACUAACAGUGUCACAAGUUUCAUGACCACUCCAAAUUCGAAUUCCAACCCGCGCCGUCGUCAGUCUCGGGACAGGUCACGAAGGCGAUUGUGUAAAUCACCAAGUUGUCCUUCCAACAUUGGAUUUUCUGGUCAACAGAGCGUUGAAUUAGAAUCACCGACAGAUACGGAUAAAACGUCGUUGAAUGUUAGCCCCGGAAACGAGGAUAAUGAGUUUAAACUUCCUAACAUUUACAGGAACUCGAAUAGCCUUUCUCUGCCGACAAGUUCACAAAGUGAAAAAUUGAAUCCAUGGCAUUCGGCACGUGACAUUGAUCAAACGUCACGGAGGUCAUUACGUCGUACCGAGUCGUGCCGUGACGCGUACAAUAUCGGCAGCCCUGUCAUGGAGACCAAGGUCAAGAACCAUCAGAGGUCACAAACACAUGCGGCGCUGCUUCUGCCAAUCCGAAAUAGUGAAACAAGAGUUUCUUUGAAAGGUAAGAAAAAGAAGAAUACGCAGGUCUCCCCGAGGACCUAUCAAGACUUUUCUGCUCACAUUCAAACAGAACUCAACAAUGGUGCUCAAAAUGGUUGGGAGAGUGAAUAUGACAGUGACUUAUACGACAGUGCGCGUGGGACGGGAGGUAAUACGUUCGACCGUAUUAUUGAGGAGACAGACGGACAUGUGGACAUACCCAGCUCACGUAACAUAAAGCCCUGGUUGAAGGACAGACAGAAGGAGGGCCAGGUGAAGGCGUAGUGGGGAUUGGACAUGGGAUUGUGCAAACAUGUAUUGUCGCCCCUGGGUUCUGCUAUUGUCCACAGGGGAGAUGUAAGGUGUAAGGACCAGAAAGCUGUGAUACCAUUAUAAACGACUAAUCGGGAUUAACCUUAUACUCUAGAACCCGUCCUAAAUAUUUUGGAAUUUUAUUUGUUUUGCAUAAUUAUGUUUGUGCUGAAAGUUCAAAUGGAUUAUGUGGUUAGCAAUUCGGAUUAUUGCUCAGUAUACGUGCGUGCUCUAUAUAACGUUAUAUAUUUCUUGUGAAUGUUAUGUAUUAGCCUCAGAGGUACUACAGAAACUGUAUGGAGAGUUAUAGCAUUGAGUGCACACACUUCAUCGACUCCUUUUUCUUGUCUUGCGUAACUUACGUGUCUUUGAACUCGAAAAUCUUUAUGCGAUGAUUUGUUUUUUGUGGAAAUCGUUACUAAAAUCAUCUCUGAUCCUGUUCGACAACAUUUGAUUUUAAAUCAAGCCGUUUUAUAUUGAAUAUUUGAUUGUACGACGGGGAUUGCACUAGAUUAUAAAGUUGCCAUAUUAAAUAUACACAACAUGGUGUAUAUAUUUGAGUUUCCUUAUAUUGAGUAAACAUACAUUUGAUACAUACUUUAUGCGUAUACUAUAUAGUUCCUUAUCAAUAUCCCAUUGAGUUAAGUUAUACGUAUUCACACAUUUAAAUUACCUUAUUUAUGAGUAUACCACUGAGUUACCUUAUGAGUAUACCACGUAGUUACCCUAUGAGUAUACCACUGAGUUACCUUAUGAGUAUACCACUGAGUUACCUUAUGAGUUUACCACUGAGUUACUUAUCAGUUAACCACUGAGUUACCUUAUCAGUUUACCACUGAGUUACAUCAUGAGUAUACCACUGAGUUACCUUAUCAGUAUACCACUGAGUUACCUUAUCAGUAUACCACUGAGUUACCUUAUCAGUAUACCACUGAUUUACCUUAUGAGUAUACCACUGAGUUACCUUAUGAGUAUACCACUGAGUUACCUUAUGAGUAUACCACUGAGUUACCUUAUCAGUUUACCACUGAGUUACCUUAUCAGUAUACCACUGAGUUACCUUAUCAGUAUACUUUUAAUUGAUGUUUGUAAAACAAUAUAAGUAAUACUGUACAAUGACGGUUUAAGCACCCGGUAAGGCCACUUGACAGAUCUGUUGUGUACCCGCCAUACCCGUUAUAUUUCAUUAUAAAUGCCAAAACUGUGGAUUAUCUCAAACAGGCGAACCUAACACUCCAUUGUUGUGACUGAAGAGAUUCUAUUUUAGAAUCUAUACCUUUGUUUGACAAUUUAAGAUUUUAAACGCGAUUAGUGAUGCCGUUAGCUGUUCAACUCUCAAACAAUUAUACUGUGUCCAGAUAUUAAUCCGGACAAAGGCCAGUCGCCUACUUAAUCUGUGCCCAUAACCUAGUUCUCAUAUAUACACUAAACACAACCCUACCACGCUAGGUCAGUGUAUGUAUAGAA